ACUAGAAUGUGUAAAAACCUUUCACAACAAUAGUGAAUAAAAACGGAGAAUCGGUUGCUGAUCAUUGUCAUUUGAAUUUCCCUUUCCUGCCAUAUUGGUCUAUGUUUUAUUUUGAAGACGAGGACCGGACAUAUCCUCGUUGUUAUUCCAGAUAACUUGACCGUUGAGUAGAAGCGAUGCAGGAGACUUGAGGCCGCCAGGGAAGACUCCGCAUUUCAAGGAAUACAGCCAGUAAGAAAUAAUGGUGAAACGUAACUGGAUAAAGCAGAUGUUGGAUAAACUGAAUAUAACCUUCACGGACCGGGCCGUUUGUGUUUGGAGUCAGCCGGCUCGGAUAUCAGCUCGCUCAUCCACACUUACAGGACGUCGGUAGCCGACUGCCCGGCUUGCUAGCCCGCAAUCCUUCCUAAAAUCUCCGCUCCAGAGUCACGGAUCUCAUUUGUUUUUGUAAUGGCAUUACGAAAGCUAGCCAGCAUCACACGGAAGUGACCUGAACAUAUGAUACCCGUUUGCUUUCGUGAAAGUAAAGGUAUGACCUGCUAGUCCUCUACUGCAAAUCUGACCGCUAGGAUCAAGCUAGCAUCAUCUGGAGUUGGAUGGACCCGUGGCUCACACAGCAUCCCUGCCCGGGGCGCGUUCAAACCUGCGCUGCUGCAGCGGAAUGCUAACUAAAACGAGGAAGCGGCUUUAACAUGACCAGGAACAUUUUGUCUCUCAAUCGCUCGAGGCUUCCAGGUGCUUCACAGACAUUUUUUACCUGCCAAAUGUAAUGACCGUCCCGAGGUUGCACCAUGUACGUGGCUGGCCGUGUCUGUCUCCAGCCCCGCGGAUGACACUCGCACAGGUACCGGCAGUUCAAGGCAAACAGCGGCGGCACGGAUACACCGUCGCCGGGUAGCGCUGACAGACUUACCGGGAGCUUGCUAGCGCCAAGCUAGGCGGCUAACAGCACAAUAUAAAAGCCCCUAACAAAUACCAACACCAAUGGUAUCCCAUAAGGUUUUAGUCGCAAUAAUCUUACUGAACGUGUAUAUAGGUGUACAGUCCGUUUUUUACUUAUUCGGCGGCGUCAUAUUAACGGCUUUGUUUGCUAUGGCAUUUUUAAAUGGACCCAGGCUGCUGGACUGGGCGAGUUCACCUCCACAUCUUCAGUUUAACAAGUACGUCCUAACGGGAUACCGGCCAAUCUCCUCAGUGCAGGACUGCAUCAGAAGCCUGUUUUAUCUGCACAAUGAACUUGGAAACAUAUACACUCACGGCAUUCCUUUGGUUUGCUUCCUGGUGCUGCUGCCUCUUAACAUCCCUUGGUCUCAGAUCAGCGUCACGUGGUUGGGCGUGGUGCACUUUCUGGCUUGUCUGUCGCCCCAGCUGGGCUCUGUGCUCUAUCACCUCUUCAUGAACCACGAGGGAGGCGAGCCCGUCUACCACACCCUCCUCAAGCUCGAUGUGUGUGGAAUCUGCAUGAUCAACACACUGGGGGCUCUGCCCAUUGUCUACAGUACCCUGUUGUGCUACCCGUUCAUCCGAACUGUCGCCCUGUUAGUCUACAUCCUGCUGUCCAGCCACGCCAUCUACUGUGCCGUGACCGCUCGGAGCAGCGUUCGCCGGCUGCGCUCCUUCGCCUGGCAAGCGCUUUUCCGCUUCUCCUUCUUCCUGCUCCGCUGGGUGGGUGUGGGCGGCGGCAGCCCCACCUCGCUACGCCACUUCCUAAUGAUGGACGCACUGGCCGUGCUGGGCGGGGUCAUCAACAUCACACGCAUCCCGGAGCGCUUCCGCCCGGGCCUCUUUGACUACUGGUGCAACAGCCACCAGAUCAUGCAUGUUCUGGUGGUGGGCUCCAUUCUUUACCUGCACUGGGGCGUGCUUGACGACCUACUGUGGAUCAACAGCUACAACUGUCCCUCAGACUGACCCCACCAGCAGCCCCCGCCCCCCCACAAGGAGCGUUGGGAUGUAAGAUCAAAGGACCUCUGGGGGGAGGGGGUUGUCUGGAGAGGGAGGGGAAACAGGGAGAAUCAGGGGGAACUGAUGCUGUGAGGUGAGACGACGUGUCGUCUGUGCAUGUGUUCACCUCAUGCGCUCAAACUCAGAAUGUUCAUAUCUUCAUUCAUCUCAGUACCGUGUGCGAAUGCAGGCUAAAGUAUGUCAAGUAACACGCACAAGCAUUUUGACUGUCUCACUUGCCACAAACAUGGACGCACAGGUGUAUACGGACACACACACACACACACACACACACACACACACACACACACCACACACACACACACACACAGUCAAACACACACACAGUAAAAUGGAAAUCUUUUAAAUACUAAAUUUAUUAACUGAGUAUUGAAGAUUAUAAAGUCGUAGGUAACGGCUCCAGUAAAAGGUUACUGCUGAGUUUGAAGCCUUUACUUAAUAAUAGAAGUUUUACUUGAGCAUUAAGACAGUCUGCGGCUAAAUGAUAUCACAUGCUCGAGUCCUCGGAGAUGUCACUGUUGCUACCUAUGCAGCACAUCCAUAUUUCAGCUCAUCACACACACAACACAGACUAAGACUCCCUCACACUUAUAUUUUUAUACAACAUGUACAAACUGAAAGUGCUGCACAAAGCACUCGUAUCUGAGUUUUACUGGACCAGUUGUUGUGUUUGUGUUCCCUUGUUUUCUGCCACUGCCUCCUUCUUCAUGUGUCGAUGUGAUUUGUCGCAUGAUGACGAGGAGAUGAAGUUGGGUAAGGGGGGGGGGGGGUUCAUUCCUGAGUGCGUUAGCAAGUUGGCAAGGAGUUUACUUGCUUUAGGUGGCCUGAACCACACAUUAGAAUCGAUCGAGCAGUGUUAUCGGCUUUGUUUGCACCUGAGCUCAGUGCCAAUCUAAUUCAGGCAUUUAUGAUUGGAAAAGAAAUUGCACGUUUACAAACUGUGUUGUUAAGUGGCAUUACAAUUUGCCAAACUUAUGAAACUCCAUGUCCUAUUUGUUUAUUUAUUACAUUUAUGACAACCUCAAAUUAUAAGGAUUUCACCAGUUACAUUUGUGUAACAUGAUAACAGUAUCCAAAGAUGACAUUAUUAUGUUAAACACUGAAAUGCCACCAGAUCCUGAUCCUGAUCCUGAUGCACAUGUGACAGCAGGAUGCACUGAAAGUUUAAGGGGUUUGCCACUUAACAGCUGCCAUCUUUAACAGCAACUUAAAUGUGUAAUUUUAAAUGUUUUUACACUGGAACUCUAUUCAGACAAACUCCAGAUAAAAACCAUCUUACCUACUGGCACCAUAUGUCCAAAAUACUAAAAUUAAGAAAUAUAUUCUAUUUAUUAUGCUUUGUAUGUAAUUGUAAUUAUAUAUUGCUGAUACAUAUAAUACUGUGCGUCUGUCAGCUGCCUAAGCAGUUUACGUUGUCGCUGUGCAGGAUCGCUGGCUGACAGAUGAAGUUAGAGGUCAGAGAAAAUCUUUGUGCAAAUCCCGAGGAUUAGCUUCUCAUUUUCUCGCCACACACUUUUUUUUCCAUCGAUUUUUGACUCCUCAGACACACAGUAAUAUGGUCAAAAAUGACCCGUGUCCAUUCACAAUACAGAUACAUUUUUAUGUGACUUUUAAAACUUGUGCUGCCCUCGUCAGAAGAUGUUAUUUAUGUAAAUUGUCCUGAGGCUUGAAUGUGUUUGUUUACUUUUACACUGACCCUGGAUAUUUAUGGUUUGUUGGGGUUGGUUGUUAUUGCCACUUUAUACUUGUUUGAAGGCACUGCUUUUGCUCUGCAGCUGGAUUUGUGUUCCGUGACAGAGCACCGCUUGACUUGAACUGUUUUAACUCAAAUAGAGGUCAGAAACUCGUGAGUCUUUUUAAAGUGCUGGAGUAUUUUAUGAAGCUGACCUAACUGAGCAGGAAUGAACCCCUACACCCUCUUGUCAUGUAUAAGUUACAGCAGUUCUGUUUGAAUGUUCAUGAUUGUUUUGGCUCCGUUGUCUUUGUUCAGUUACUACUCUUGAGUAAAAGUAACCGUUGCUCUGUUCCUUAAUGCUCAAGACUAGUGGUUGAAGCCUGAUUUCUGUUCUUAAUGACAUUGCACUGGUUUCCCAUGCCAAUAAUCACAGCCGCCCACUGACUAGUUGCCAAUCCUGUCAGACACCGACCCCCCCCCGCCCCGCCCCCACCCCACACACAAACACACACACUUCAUCUUGCCAAAUUAACCGUGUCUGAGGUGUAGCACACCCUCUGCUUCCUGUGCUAACACUGACUCAUAGGUGAAGAAGGAUUUCCCACAUGUACACUGCACCUGACCCGCCACCACCUCCCCACCCGCCCCUUGCCUUGAUAAAGGAGUCAGAAACUGUGCGUCUCCUGGUCUCACCCUCACUGAUUAUUUCCUACUAUGACCGUGGUACAAUGUAAAAGCUGAAAUUAAUGUAUUUUUUGGCCAUUGAAUGAAACUGACAAAAAUGCAUGAAAGUAGCUGUGAAACAGAAACCGGUGUCUCGGUGUUAGCUAAUCGUUUGUUCAUUGUAGCCGUCCACAGGCCGUUCACUCGCACCUGGAAAUGACUAUAUGUGUAGUGGAAGGGGUUGGGCUGGGAGGGUUGGAGGUUGGGGGGGUACAUCAACACUAAAGGAAGAUGAUUGAACUGAUCAGAUCAGAGGUAAUACAUCACUAUCAACUAAACUGCACUGUUCAUCUUCCUCAAAAGGGCUUUGAAUCAAAGUAAACUACAAUUCUGAAUCAUAUUAAAAGUCCAUAUAUAAAUAAUGUAAAUACAUGUAUGUAGAUUAUAUAUACAUACAGUGCAGAAAAUAUACCCUUAUUCAUUUUUGAUACAUACACAAUAUGUUAAGGAAAGAAAAAUAAGAAGACAUGGGGUUCUUGGGUUGCCAUAUAUAAGCUGCUGCUCUCUUUCUCUUUCAGCCAAAGCGAGACACAAGAGAGGGGAGCAGACACGGCUCGGUGCGGUGCUUCAGAUUAAUAUCAAAGACGUGUGUUUGCUUAGCUAUUUCCAUAUGUAUGUGAACAACACAUAAAAAAAAAACAACUGAAAUUGGUUUCAGUGCUAAUGUAGAGUUGUUUGACCUUUUGUGACCCUAACUAAGAAUGCUUUUGAUCAUUUAAAUGUAACCACUUUUUUUUCUUUUCUUUCUUUUUUUUGUUUUUUUGAUGAAGACACGUGGGUAAAGACAUUAUGCGACCAUCGCGGGGGAAUCUUGGCAGGCAUGUGAAUACCUCGUGACUACCACUGGUCUAUCUAUGCAUUAUCAGCCGAAGGAUACGUAACAGUGAAGUCGAUUUGUGUUUAUUUAAAAUAACUGCUCUCUGAUCCGCUGUAACCGGAGGGCUUCACUCCAACAUCCUGGGUCUCCCAUUUCUCAGGGUGCCAUAACAGUAGCUGUAACAUCCGAGGCCUGACCUCUGCUGUCUGAAACAUGGCUGCGAGACCUCAGUCCACCUCCGCCUGCCCUCUUUGUCCGGUCUGUUCGCACUGUGAAGCUGGUAACAAAUUGGACAGAAGGGAAAGAGAAGGUGGAAAGGGAGCAUUUCUCUGAAAACCAUGUUACAGUUGUGGAACCUGGCCAGAAAAAAUAGUCUUUGUCCUUUUGUCUGUAUGUUAAAUGAAAAAAAAAAAAUGACAUGAUGUAUGAAAACAUCACUAACAAAACAAAAUUCUGUUUUUUUUAAUAUAACACAGGUGCCGGAUAGCCUGUUAAUGACCUGUUUAUAAUGGAUUACCUGUAUUGUUAUAUACUGAUUAUUAUGAUUACUGUUAUUCUGUGGAUCCUAAUAAUGACACUGGUCUAUAUGUACAGAUAAUGAGACAAGCCCUUUCCUUUAGGAUGAAGGGAGCUUUCUGGAGGGUCUGUCUGUUAUCAUUUAUUCAUAUCUGCAAUGUCAUGGCAUUUUUAAAAUGACAAAGGAGUGAGUGUGGCUCCAUCUAGUGGAAGUUCAUGUGCACUGAUGCAGGCAUUACUGUAGCCAUACUGCAGCCAAAUGAACCUAACUGACGGAUAGCAAUACUGUCAGUGCUGGUUUGCAGUUACUCUCCAGGGUUGUUCGUUUAUAUUUCCACACCGUGUAUGUGCACAUGUGUGUAUGAGCUCUCCUGCAGAACCCAUACAAGCAUGAAAUCUGUAUGUCGUCCAGUUUACUUUCUCCUGUUGCGCUGACGGGUGAUGCUGAUUGCGUCCCCGGAGUGCCUCAUUAUCCGGUCUGUGUGCUCGCAAAUUAACGUGCACCGACGCAGACACACAGCCUGUUCCUGUGCUGUAGUUCACACGUCUGUCCAACAUUAGGUCAUUAGUUUCCUGUGUAACAGACAGGCUCUCACACUCCUCAGUCUCCAGCAACGAUUGUGCAAUAAACUGAAGUCUAUAUUUUUAAAAA